GCUUGAGCGGCCCGAUCUUCGGGAGCCCUUCAUCACUACAUUGAUGCACUCUGACUGGCCACUGUCUGGACCUGAGCCUCCACCUAUGCCUGCUGCGCAGUAGUCUAGAGAGCCAGGACGAUUCUGCUCUGGCGGGGACCUGUUCCUCCGGGGCACGGGACGAUCGACAUGUCUCGGGCAGACGGCCUAGCCUCUCGCCUUGGUUUCUGUCGUGGUGGCUGACUGUCGUGGGCUGGAAUGUCCCUUAUAAGUCCUGUCGGCUCCUCUUGCAUGCCCGUGAAGGUCUUCAAUCACCUUUCUCCGCUUGAUCUCCUACUGCCUCGUUCCAUCGUGCAAGCUGAUGUGGUCGCCUUCGGCCGUUUCCCGAGUCAACACAACACUAGGAAGUCAAACCGGUCUGUGCGCCCUUGAAGCACAUUACAAGUCUGCGUGGAACUACCAUCCAAGAUGCGUAGUCUUCUACCCAUGGCGGUCCUACUGGCUGCUGCCCGCGGGUUUGUGCUCGAGGACAGAAUGCCCCGAGAGACGCAUGCUUUGGCCAAGGCUCUCGAGGAACCCCCAGAGCCUGUCAUCACCGCCCCUCCAGCCGUCCACGAACUGCUCCGUCGGGCAGAUGUGUCAACAGUCCUUCUCGCGUCCAACAACAUCUGCGGAUACAUGAGUGGAUCCUCUGCGAGCCCGUAUAGCUGCAUCAACACGGCAGAAACGUGUGCCCUCUUCACCACCGCAGGUGGAGGCGUGCCGGCGUGCUGUGCGGCCGACAACUGCUACUACGCAACAGCGUGUGCAGACUCUGCCGCCGUGUCCGGCACGAACCCCGAAUGCACUGGGCAGUGUCUGGUCGAUAAACAGAUCUUGAAGUGCACCGGGACAGGCCUCCCUUACUGCGGGACUGUCACAUUCUUUUCGGGCAUUAUCGACUACUACUGCGUUGCCAACAGCCGUUCGACCGUCCAGCAGGCGCAGACAACAUACAGUGGCCAAGUCGGCGGUGGCUUCUUCGCCGUCGCCAUCACCCUCCCCGAUUCGAGCUCUUCGAGCUCCUCCUCCAGCUCCUCCUCGUCCACCCCGACGUCCACCACCUUGAGGUCCUCAACAUCAACAAGCGGCAGCCCUUCCGCCACAACGAGCACCUCAUCAGACCAUGGCGGAUCCGGGUCCUCCUCGACCCCGAUCGGCGCCAUUGUCGGCGGUGUCAUCGGCGGUGUCGCCCUCUUGGCAGCCAUUGGCUUCGGUAUAUGGUUCAUGCGCAGGCACAACCGCAACAAGGCAGGCACUGCCGCUGCCACUACCGCUGCCGCCAGCGGCGCUGCUGGACCAGGAAGCCCUGGCCAGCCCCCAGCACCGGGCCUUUACGGCCAGAGUCCUCCUCCGCCCAUGGCUGCCGUCGUCCCCGGCCAGCAACCGCCCUACUACACGGGCCCCAACGGCGAGGCAUAUUAUCAUCAUCAACAACACGGCGCGCAGGACAAGCCUGCCGGCUUCGUGGCCGUCUCGCCCAACGUCACCGGCGGGCUCCCGUCGCCCGACAUGCACAUGACCACGAGCCCCAUGUCGGUCGCCACCGCAGAGCUCGGGAACAACCCGCCUACGACCGUGCACGAGAUGUCGAGCUCGUCUGCGGCCAAGAACCAGCCGCACGAGCUGGCUUGAGAGCUUUUCUUAGUAACUCAUCGUUGGCCGGUGGCGGGGG